AUGAGCUUCUUCCUAGACGUCAUUGUGAACCGGAAUGCCACCCAUUCUGAGGCAUCUGGCAGAACUGGUCAACUACCCUCGUCGCUCAUUGCUUCCCUUCUAGCUAACGCAGAUUGGAAAUUCCUAGGUGUAUUGUUCGUUGUUGUAUACGUCGUCCAGGCCAUAUACUAUUGUUGGUUCCAUCAACUAUGUCAAGUUCCGGGGCCAUUCCUGGCACGUUUCAGUCAGGCCUGGAGAAAUAUUCGCUAUUUCAAAGGUACCUGGUUACGGGAUGUGACUGAACUCCACGAGAAAUAUGGAAAUGUCGUCAGGAUUGCGCCGAAUGAAGUCAGUUUCGUUGAUCGAGAUGCUCUUCGCGCACUCUAUGGUCACGGUAAAGUGUCCCAGAAGACAAAUUGGUAUCACUCCUGGUACGCCUUUCCUUGUAUUUUUCAAAACAUCUUUACAUACCAGCAUCUUCAGCAGCACUCCAAGUUGAUUAACAGGCUUCUCUAUUGUAGGUACGUGCCGAAUAUGCAGAUCUCGUUCUUUGCUGCCACGGAUAUCAAACUCCAUCGGCAUCUUCGAAGCCGUGUCACGGCUGCUUACUCCAUGUCCUCCAUGUUGUCCAUGGAAAGCCUGAUCCAAGAUGUGGCCAACCAAGGUUGGGCAAAGUUCAGAGAGCUCGUGGCUAGGGGUCAGCCUAUUGAACUCGAUAAAUGGGUGAGCUACUUCACUUUUGAUGUUGUCGGUACACUCGCACUGGGCGGGCCUCUCGGCAUGAUUCAGCAAGAGAAGGACGUCGAUGGCAUCAUUGGCAGUAUACAUGAUGGAUUCUGGCUGAUGGCCAACAUGGGGAACAUGCCCCUCCAGAUGUUCUGGUUCAACAAUCCAGUCGCUCAAUGGCUCGUCAAGAAAGUGGGUGGGAAAAGAUUGAAUGCUUUCAGCGUAUUUCUCGACUGGCUUGAAAUCAGGGUGGAUAGCCGCAUGAAGAACGGUUUAGGAGGCCAACGCCGAGACUUGCUCCAGCACUUCAUUGAGGCAAAGGAUCAAUCCGGGAACCCGGUCAAGAAAGGAGAUGUCAUGAUCGAAGGCGUCAAUAUCUUGGGAGCCGGAGCCGACACCACUACCGUAGCGAUUCUAGCCGUACUUGGUGCGGUGCUUCAAAAUCCGAGUCACAAGCAGCGUCUCAUGGCAGAAAUCGACCAGGCAUACAAAGACCUAGGUCUCACAGACAAAGAGGAGAUCAGCUUCAAAGAUUGCGAGAACCUACCCUUUUUGUCCGCCGUCGUCAAAGAAAGCAUGCGGCUACAUCCUUCGAUUACAUAUCAGCUUCCUCGAAUGCUCCCUGCAGAGGGUUUGCAAGUUGGAAAGUAUCAUUUUAAUCAGAAUGUAAUCUGCGGGAUUAGUGCAGCUUCGAUGAACAGAUCGGUGGAUAUUUUUGGCCCUAACGCGAGUCGGUGGGUACCCGAGCGAUGGAUUGCCGAAUCAGAGGCCGACAAGGGUCGCAUCGGUGGUAUGAAUCGGGACUUGACCACGUUUGGAAUGGGAAGUCGGAGUUGCAUCGGUCGCAAUCUAGCACUCAUCGAAGUGCACAAAUACAUUGCACAAUUUUUCCGCCACUUCGAUGCAGAGAUUGUCAACAAGGACCACCCAUGGGUGACGAAAUCACAGUCGAAUGUGAGUGUUGCUACUCUAGCACGCCCUUAUUUGUUAGCAUAUGCCAACACUGGCGCGAGCAGGGACGUUCUGAAGCGCCACCUUCGCACCUGCAAAGACAAGCCCAAGGAGCUUCUCGAUGAUCUAGAGACUGCGCUUCCGUCCAAAGGGACUGUGCCCACCGCUUGUGACCGAUGUUACGGCCAAAAGCGAGCUUGUAGUCGUGGCAUGCCGUGUUGCAAUUGUCGUUCGAAGAAUGAGCCUUGCGUCUACUCUCGAGGUCUGGCACGGAAGGCGGCUGGCACUAACGCAUCAGAGAAUCCAGCUGCCGCAGGUCUUGAAGCCCCCUUCGAGGGUAAUCGUCAUUUCUCGCCUUCCCCCAGAUGUUCGGUGUCCGAAGCCAACGAUGACUCCUCCUCAGACAUGGAAGCCGAUGAACCUACAGAACUCUACCAACCAAACCUGUUUCUUUCCCCUAAUCUCCAUUAUCCACACCAUAACAUUACCCGACCGACAUUCCACACAAUCCACGAUUCUACAACGACUUGGCCAUGGGGCGACAAAUACCAGAAGCAUUUAAUAACCUUCCAAUUCCUGGCCAACUUUACCAGCACCACUGGCUUGGCCAACUCUUUUGAUUGCUGCUCAGUUGAAGAGAGGUUAGAGCUCCUCAAGAGCUAUGACAAGCCGAACUCGCAAAUCCAUGGCGUUGUUAGAGAAGCCUCGCCCCCAGCCAAACCGAGACCUACAAACCAACCUCCCCCAACGAAUUCAUUGGCCUUUCAGAGAAAUCACAUCUGGGGCUAUGUUCUGGAUCAGCAAACACCGCCUGCAAGCGAAGAGCCCAUGCUUCCAAUGGCCGAUAUUCAAGUUCAGUACACUCAGGAUUGGAUGAUGCUCAAACCUCCAACGAAAUCGCCGGCUGAGAACAUCAACAAGCCGGGAUCUUCGGGGCGUUCGACACGUGCGGGGGGGGAGAUCGACUCGGAACAAGCAGCCUUCGAGAUUCAGCUUUUGACUUCUACUGGCCUUCGGAUCGUUUCAAGAAUCAAAGAGGUCGUAAUGGUGAAGCCAAGGAACAGUAUUGUCAACUUGAACUGGGCAUCUCACGUGGAAGAUGCCUGUUUGGAGUUUUUCUCCUCGACAAACAUCUCCAGGUUUCUCAACUUAUUCUGGGCGGGAUGGUAUCCCAACUGGCCGGUCAUACACAAACCCACGUUUACUCUACCGACUACGAUGGACAUACUAAUCGCCGCGAUGGUGGUCAUCGGUGCCUGCUUGUCUCCUGAUCAAUCUGAGGUGGAUCAUGCCAGAGUAUGGUUCAAUGCGAUUGAGGAAAUAGUCUUCACUGAUGCAGCGUUCUACACCAACAUAUCGGGCGACGAGCCGAGAAAUCGCGAUCCCUCUGGGCCUAGAGACAGGAAGAUGACGCAAGUGUUGCAAGCAGCUUACGCAGUAUGCCUCUAUCAGAAUUGGGAAGGCAACGACCUAGCCAAGAAGCGCAUCCGAAGAUACCGUUAUAGCAUAGUGGUUGCGUUGGCAAGAGAUAUGGACAUCGCGUCCUCUAAGCAUCCCUACCUGGACUUCUCGGACCCCGAAGGUUUCGACUGGCAUAGUUUUAUAUCGCGGGAGGAGCGCAUCCGAACGCUCAUCUACGUGUUUUUGCUGGACUCUGGCUUCGUGAUGUUCAACAACCUGCCACCUCGGAUGGCAGCCGCGGAGAUGAGACUGAACUUGGCCUGCCCUGAGGGGUGCUUCCAAGCCGACAGUGCCGGGGACUGCUUUCUCCGACUGAGGCAGUGGUAUUCUUCAGCCAAUACUACUGCAACCAUGUCGCUGAGCGCAGCACUCGAGACACUAUGCCAGAAGGAGCUCGAUGACAGGGUUUGCAAGUGGUUUUCAACGGUUGGCAUUUUGAACAUGUUCACGAUGGCAUCAGCCCUCCAUUCGCUGUUGUUUCAACAGACUCAGACAUCAUUUGGCUAUGAACCACAGCUCACGCCGAUCCGGAAUGCUUUAUCAAACUGGAUACGCAUCUGGCACAUGAUGUCGCCGACAGCUUUGGCGUUGAGUGGAAAUUCUUCUUCUGUUUACGACCUCUGGAAAAGAACCGGAUUCAUGAGACACGCCGCCGAGUUCCACCUGCUCGCAAAAAUAAUCGUGAAGCACGUCGAGAUGUGUCAGCGUGACCGCGCGACCGCGCAGAGUAAUUCGUUCAUGCUUACUUCUGCGGCACAGCCUUUUGGUUUCGAGAAGUAUGAUGAGACUAGUAUGCAGCAGGUCAACGAUCUUAUCGUCUCCUUCAAUAGCUUCAACAUAUAG